AUGGAAGUAGAGCUUCGAGAACCAAGUUUUUUUUUUCAAGAGUCAACUAUUUCAAACUCCGAAGCGCGUCUUCCCAAAACGCGCGUAAAGUUAACUGCCGUGUUCCUCCAUCUCUGGAAAGAAAAAGUUGUGCCUGUAGAUACCGAGCUUUAUGAUCUUUUAGGUGUUCCUUCGUCAGCCAGCGAAGAUGAUAUCAAAAAGGCCUAUCGGAAAAAGGCUAAGGAGCAUCACCCCGACAAGAAUCCCAAUGACCCUCAGGCUGCUCAGAAAUUUCAGGAGAUGGCUGCCGCCUACGAGAUUCUCGGUGAUCCAGAGAGCAGAGCACUAUACGAUGAAAAUGGGAUGGCUGGACUAGGCCCAGGUUCAGGGGGACCAGGCGGCAUGGCUGAUGCUGCAGAUCUCUUUGCUCAAUUCUUCGGUGGUGGCGCAACUUUCUUCGAUAUUGGUGGAGGGGGGCCUGGAGGGGGAGGCCGCCGACACAAAGGCCAAGAUACCGAGGUUCCCUACGAUGUUACGCUGGAAGAUUUAUACAAUGGAAAGUCUGUGAAAAUGAAUAUGGAGAGAGAGAUUAUUUGCAGCACUUGUCAAGGUUCUGGAGCUCGGGGCAACAUGAAACCCAAGGAAUGCGUCCACUGCGAAGGAAAAGGCUGGACUUUUAUCCAAACACAGAUUGCCGCUUCACGAUAUGGCACAGCACGGACGAAAUGUACCGAGUGCAACGGUCAAGGCAGUAAGUUAAAAGAGAAAGACCGGUGUAAAAAAUGCAAGGGUGAAAAGACAGUAGAAGAAAAGACUCGACAAGAAAUUUUCAUCGAGAAGGGCAUGCCGGAUGGACACCGGAUUGUCCUUGCAGGCGCAGGUGAUCAGCAGCCUGGUAUCCCUGCUGGUGACGUGAUUUUCAAACUCAAAACUACUCACCACGAGUCUUUUGAGCGCUCAGGCAGCAAUUUGUUGACGAAUGUCAAGAUCACGCUAUCCGAAGCACUUCUAGGUUUUUCUCGCAUCUUAAUUAAGCACCUCGAUGGAAGGGGCAUUCGGGUCUCCAGUCCACCAGGCAGGAUUAUCCGGCCCGGAGAUUCGAUAAAGCUUCGUGGAGAAGGCAUGCCCACACACAAACACCCAGAUCAGAAAGGCGACUUGUUCAUAGUUCUUGACAUAGAAAUGCCCGAUGCCCAAUGGCUACAAUCCGUGAACAAGCCAGCUUUGGAGAGGCUUUUGCCGUCAAAGAAACCCGACAUGGACCCAAUGCCUGAAAUUGUCGAUGAAGUCCCAUAUGAAGAAGGGGAUAUUGUGGACGUGCGUGCCCGGUCUUUCCCGGCUGGUUCGGACUUCUUUGAUCAAGGGUUUGCAUCGCAGUUCGGAGAAGGAGACGAAAAUGACUGGGAGGACGAAGACGGUGACGACUAUGACGAUAACAACAUGGGAGGCGAGCCAGAGUGCAGACCUCAAUGAUUAUCCCUCUAACGGGAACACGCAUAUUCCAUUCCACCCUCUUAAUCACUCCUCUCGCUCUGCAUUUACAUGUCAUUUCCCACGCUGUAUACAUUUCAUCGCUAAUCGAUACACUGCUCUUGCUUAGGUCUCAGGACGCAUUACCGACAUUGCCGUUGGCGUUAAAUGCUUUCGUGGUCUUCGAUUGCAGCACCCACUUGAUACCGCCCAUGACGUGACCCAAGAAGAGGUCAUCCUGAGAAGGUUUUGAUUACUUUCAACCCAAGACAAGUAUAUCAGACUUACGCUCCAUAUUUCGAUACAAUGACCGAGCCCAGUGAACCAGCUGCGACCAGCAAUGCCGUAGCUUUCAACGCCGGCACCUCGUUCCUGAUACCAAGCUGUGACACAUCGAGGCGGGUCGAUACUGCUUGGGUUAAGUACUCACCAAUUGGGUGGGGAGAUCCAUGGCGCAAAG